GUGGGAGCCUACCAACGGUCUGCUUGGCUCUCUCUGACCUUGCUUACUUCAAGCUUGGAGCUUGAAUUUUUAAGUGCUGGUGGUGAUAGAGAAGAUCUGACCACCUCCUUUCUCUGAUUGGUCUCUCUCUCUCUCUCUCUCUCUCGCCACACUCUCCUUUCUCUCUCUUCUCCUUCGAAGCAUGUCAGAGUGUCUCUGCUGGCUUGCAGAGUUCGAGAGAGGACAAAACACAGACAGGGAGUUAGAGGCAGGAAAGAGGGUUGGAAAGAGUUCUCUUUCUCAUGGUGUCUCCUUCUGGGCUGUUCAACUGAAGCAGAAGUCAGAAGAAGGACUGGAAGUUAUUUUAGGAUUUCUUUUGCUUUCUGUAAGCACUCAUACUUUGGGACCAUUGUUGAAAGAAUGAGGUCCAGGAGCAGUGGGAUGGAGGCUCCUGACAGUGGACGCCUUCAAGUCAAACAGUCCAGCAAAGGCUACCAAAAAGACAAGGAGGAAGGAGACAGCAUUGAGCAUAUGAUUAAGAAAAGUCCCACCGUGGUGAAGGAAGAGAAAGUAGAGGACGGUCCUGUACGUGAGACGGUGACGAGUUCGCAGAAAUCCACAGGAGAAAUGUACAGGAAGAAAGCAGGACUAUUGCAGCUUUCUAAAGAGGAGCUGCUUCACCUGCUCAGCAUCAUGGAGGGAGAGGUGCAGGCUCGUGAGGACAUUAUUCACAUGCUGAAGUCAGAAAGGGUGCAGCCUGAGUCUCUGGAGGCUCAAUAUGGAUCAGCUGUCCCCGUCACACCUCUGCAGGCCUUACAGAGAGACAACAUGCUCACCUGUAACAGGAUGCGUGAGAACAACGUCUAUGAGAUCCCCAUGAUGGAGCUGGACCGUUUGGAGGAGAAGCACAGAGAGACGUACAGAAGGAUGCUCGAGCAGCUCUUGCUGGCUGAGAAAUGCCACCGUCGCACAGUUAACGAGCUGGAAUGCGAGAAGCGCAAACACGUCGACUUCAUGAACAAGAGUGAUGACUUCACGAACCUGCUGGAGCAUGAGCGUGAGAGACUAAAGAAACUGUUGGAGCAGGAGAAAGCAUACCAAACCCGUAAAGACAAGGAGCACAGCAGGCGGCUAGAAAAAGUAAGAGAAGAGCUGGUGAAGCUAAAGUCCUUCGCUCUGAUGCUGGUAGACGAGCGGCAGCUCCACAUUGACCAGAUUGAUCAGCAAAGCCAAAAGGUCAUGGACUUCAGCAAAAAGCUGCAAGAGAGAGAUCAACAGCUGGAAAGUGUCACCAGCAAAUACAAAGAGGACAGUCAGAGAAUUCAGAAGUUGGAAGUGGAGUUGGAGCAUAAAGCUGCUAAGUUUUCACAGGAACACGAGGACAUGACAACCAAGCUCUCCAGUCAGGAAUCCCAAAACCAACAGUUACGCACAAAGCUGGCUGGUCUGUCUCGGAGAAUUGAGGAGCUGGAAGAAAGUAACAAAGCACUUCAGAAAUCCGAGGAGGAUUUGCAAGAGUUAAGGGACAAAAUCAGCAGGGGAGAAUGUGGUAACUCAAGCCUCAUGGCUGAGCUUGAAACUCUCCGUAAAAGAGUGCUGGAGAUGGAGGGAAAGGAUGAGGAGAUCACAAAGGCAGAAGCACAGUGCAAGGAGCUGAGGAGGAAGCUUCAAGAUGAAGAGAAUCAAAGUAGUGAGCUGAAAACUGAAAUAGAAAAGCUACAGAAAAGGAUGGCAGACUUGGAGAAACUUGAAGGAACAUUUAAUGCAAGCAAAUCAGAGUGUACACAACUUCAUGCAAGCCUAGAACGAGAGAAGAACUUCACAAAGAAUUUAACCAAGGAGCUGGAAACUGUUAAAAAUCAUGUUAAAGAGAUUAAGUGUGCUGAGUCAAGGCUUGAAAAGGCAGAAAGUAGCUUAAAAGAUGAUUUGACAAAACUCAAGUCAUUUACUGUAAUAUUAGUGGAUGAGAGGAAAAACAUGGCAGAAAGAAUUAAGCUAGAGGAGCAAAAAAGCGAAGACAUGAGCAAGCUGUUUAAGGCUGAGCAAGGCAAGGUCAUGGAAAUCACAGAGAAGCUGAUUGAAGAGAGCAAAAAGCUUUUGAAACUGAAGUCAGAGAUGGAGAUGAAGGUGUCAGCUCUCAUAAAAGAGAAAAAUGCUCUAAGGACAAGACUUGCAUGUGAAGAAGAUAAACAACAUGAUCUCAAUGCAAAGGUCAACCUAAUGCAAAAGAGGGUGGACUGUUUGGAGGAGGCUGAAAGAAAAUCCAGAAGCAGACCUGAUGUAGACAAGGCAAGAUAUGCUGAUGACGACAACAAGGUUAAAGAGUUAACAGAGGAGAUUGAUAGGCUGAAGAACCGCUUGAAGCAGCUAGAAGUUGUGGAGGGUGAUUUGAUGAAGACAGAGGAUGAAUAUGAUAUGCUUGAAAAGAAGUUCAGAACAGAGCAGGAUAAGGCCAAUGUCCUUUCUCAGCUCCUGGAGGAAAUGAAGUCACAGAUUGCCAGAAACAAGGCAAUCGAAAAGGGGGAAGCUGUGAGCCAAGAAGCUGAACUAAGAUUGAGGUGCAAGAUGGAGGAGGCCAAAACAAGAGAUUUGCAGGCAGAUGUCCUGGCUCUUAAGGAGAAGAUUCAUGAGCUGAUGAACAAGGAGGAUCAGUUAUCACAACUUCAGGUUGAUUACACAGUUCUACAGCAGAGGCUCAUCGAAGAGCAGGACAAAAAGAAAAGUAUGAGCCAACAGAUCCUAAACCUCACCAAAGAGUUAGAGGUGACUAAGCGAUACAGCAGAGCACUACGGCCUAGCAUGAAUGGAAGGAGGAUAGUGGAUGUCCCUCUUACUUCAACAGCUGUCCAGACAGAUGCACAUGCUAAUGAAGCUCUUGAAGAAGAGACUCCAGCAGUAUUCAUAAGGAAAUCUGUUCUGGAAGAAAAUCAUGUGAUGAGCAAUCUGAGGCAGAAAGGUCUUAAAAAACCAGCAGUGCUGGACCGGUAUCCGCCUGCAUCUGCAGAACUAGGUAUGAAAAAAUCAUUGAUUCCCUGGAUGAAGAAGAAAGAUGCAAGUGCUGAUGCACAGGACGGCUUAGACAAGUUGACUUAUAAAGUUAAUGGAGAUGCGUCACCUCAACCACCAGAGUUAACCAUGUCACAAAAACCAGGCCAGCCACUGCAUAUAAGGGUGACUCCAGGUCAUCAAAACAGCACUGCCACAUUGGAGAUCACCAGUCCUCGUGCUGAGGACUUCUUCUCAAGCACCACAAUUAUUCCCACUUUAGGGAUGCAGAAACCAAGGAUAACUAUAGUUCCUAAAUCCACUACUGUGUCGCCAAAGGGCAGCUAUGAUGUAAUGGACAGGACCAAGUCUCCAGUGACCAUUACGACCAUUUCUAGAGCCAAGUCCCCAGAGGGAAGCAAGAUCUCCUACCCUGACUCCCCAAGCUCUCCUGUCUCAGUCAUCACAGUUAGCACAAGCCCAGUGAUGCAGGCGCCUAUCUCUCCAGAGCCUCAGGAGACCUCAAGCAUGGGCCGAGCUGUGUUUAAGGUGACUCCAGAGAAGCAGACAGUGCCAACACCAGUUCGCAAAUACAACUCGAACACCAACAUCAUAACAACAGAAGACAACAAAAUACAUAUUCACCUAGGGAGUCAGUUCAAGAGGUCUCAGGACUCUGGAAGUAGUCCCACACUCACAGUAAGGCCUCUGAGUCUAUGCACAGAGAGCAAGGAGACACCCAUUACAGGAACUGUCCUGCGUUCCCCUCGACAGUCCUCCACUUCUUUAGGGAAAACCACACCUGGCAAGAUGACAAGUAGCAUCACCAUUACCCCCAUCACAUCUGCUCCUUCCAGGCCAACCCAGUCUGUGUCCGGGACGGAUGUGCAGUCAACUUGGUCUUGCUCAGCAACACGAAUCCCUAUGUCAAAAGAAAAUGUUGUGCUCCGCAUGACUUUUGACCCUCGUUGAGAUUGAGGUGUAGCAAACAUCUCCACAGCUCAGAUUGCAGUGCAGUCAGAUGUCAGCUCCUCAUCUGGCACCUGGAUCAGCACCACCCUGAACUUUACCCCUGGAACCAAGCUGGGAAUCUGGAGCACACAAGUCUGUUGAUAUGUUUUUUGUUUUUUUUUUGUAAUAGAGUGUGAUUCAGUGGUGAUGGGAUGGUUUUGUGGAGAAAAAAGUAAGUUGUGGGAUAACAUGGUAAACGAAUGCAUGUGAAUAGGAGAGAGCUGGAUUUAAAUUUUACAGAAGCAACAUACAAUACAGUGUAAACAUGACUGUCAUUUACAAGAUAUGUAAGAUGUAAGUGAUGUUGAUUUAAUUGUUUUAAUUUAAUUGUGAAGGCCUCCGAUUUGUAUGUAUAUGCAGUUAUGAUGGUAUUGAAGUGGAAAUAUAUGUAUAUACAAACACUGACAUUAUAGAGCUACUUUUUUAAUGGAGCACGUUUUCAAUUAAAAUAUGGACUCUGACCAAGUCGGUCAGUGGAAUUUUAUUCAUUUUAAUAACUCAUUGUUCAAUCUGUACAGUCCAGAUAUGCUUUCUAAAACAGAAAUUAUAGUACAUAGUGUUAUUAUUAAACUGGAAUCACGUAAACUAGAGUAGGAUAUUAAAAGCCUGAAAUUAUGGGCACUUUCAAUAAACUAACACAAUUUUAGCAGUCUUGUGUUAAAAUUGUGCCUUUUAACUUUCAGCAGAAAGUUGUUUGAAUAGUAUGUUCCAUAUCUCAGAUGUACUGUAGAUUAUGUUUACACAAUCCCAUCCCUCAAACUCAAAACACCCUAGUCAUUCAUGAAUGAGUCGAAUCUGUGAGCUGGUUCUUUUAGAUGGGAGUCAAACUCAGAAAAAGCUGUAAUAUCAUUUUGUUAAAAUUAAUCUGUAUUUUGUAUUCCUGACUCUUUAAUGCCAUUAAUCACAUACAGUGUAUGUAGUGAAUCUUAUCAACAAUGUCUUGGUUGUCUGGAACAGAAUUCUACUGAGAAAGUUAAGACAUGU